CCCAAUUCUGCAAAAUCACUAGGAGAGAAGACUAUAUGCAAAUAGUAACAAAAUCAAGAUCAAGUUUUUAAAGGACGAUGCAGGAGAUAUGAAGUUAAAGUGUGAUCCGGAGACUAUUUUAUUGGUCUUGUGAACUGUGGUUGAGACUACUUUGAGAAAAGAUACAAAACAGUCAGUCGGAAAAUUGUGAUUAUGAUUCACAUUGUGAUUGAGGGCAAUCAAUACAUUUCUCGUCUUGGUUUCGUUCUCAACAAUGGAGAGAGCUCAGUUCUUCCUCUUGUGCAUAACAUUGUUGCUUUGCAUGGCCAGAGCACAAACCAACUUGACGACAGACCAGUCUGCUCUUCUUGCUCUCAAAGCUAAUGUCACUAGUGACCCUCAAGACUUGUUGUCCAACUGGUCUACCAAUACCUCCGCUUGCAACUGGGUUGGGGUUACUUGUGGUCAUGUCCAUCUUAGAGUCGCUGCCUUGAAUCUCUCUUAUUUUGGCCUCACAGGUAGAAUUCCUCCGGAGCUAGGAAACCUUUCAUUUCUUGUUGUGCUACGCUUGAGAAACAACAGUUUUAAUGGCACUUUGCCUGUGGAAUUGGCUGGUUUGCGCCGAUUGAAGUUGGUUAACUUCAAAUACAAUAACUUUAUGGGGGAGAUUCCAUCAUGGUUUGGGUCCUUAUCCAGUCUUAAAGCCUUGAAUUUGUAUGGGAAUCGGUUCACAGGAUCCAUACCUGCUGCUAUCUUCAACUUAUCUGCUCUGCAAGUAUUUGAUCUGAGAAAUAACCAGCUAUCAGGUAGCAUACCGAGAGAAAUCGCGAACUUAACAAUGCUGAAGCAUUUAUACCUUGACAAUAACAAUUUCCAAGAAAUUUCGGAUGAGAUCGGCAGUUUACAUCAGCUGGAUUUGCUGUCUAUGCAAUACAAUGGCCUAAAAGGGCGUGUUCCUUUGGUUUUCUUCAACAUGUCUUCUUUGACUAUUUUGGGCCUUUCAGGAAACAGUUUCAGUGGUCGUCUUCCUGACAAUAUAUGUCAGAAUCUUCCUAGUAUUCAAAGGUUGUACUUUUCUAUCAACCAGUUUGAUGGUCCACUUCCAUCCCAAUUAUGGCAAUGCAAACAGCUUCUUGUAUUGUCAUUAUCUGUUAACAAUUUCAGUGGAAGUAUACCCAGAAAUAUUGGCAACUUGACUAAGUUACAGAAGAUUUAUCUAGACUUCAACAAUUUGACAGGUACUAUUCCGCAUGAGAUUGGCUAUCUUCAAAAUUUAGAGAUAUUGUCACUCCUUGCUAACUCAUUUUCUGGGUCCAUUCCUACCACACUCUGUGCCUUAACAGAACUCCUGUCACUUAACUUGGGCAAGAAUAAGUUAACCAUUGAUACUUCUACUCCAGAAGCCAACAUUUUCUCUUGUUUGGCCAAUCUUAAAAAUUUGUGGAGAUUAAAUUUGUCAAGCAAUCCAUUAUAUGCCACGCUUCCUGUUUCCCUCAAGAACUUCUCUACAUCCCUUCAAUAUCUGGGUAUGAGCAGUUGCAACAUAGGGGGUAACAUUCCCAACGGUAUUGGCAACUUGAGCAACUUGACAGUCUUAGACUUGGGAUACAAUCAACUGGGUGGAUCAAUUCCAACUACAAUGGGAAGACUACAGAACCUCCAAGGUUUGUACUUGACUGAUAACAAAUUGCAAGGAUUUAUUCCGGAUGAACUUUGUCAACUAAACAAUCUAGUUGACUUAGUUUUGGGUGGUAAUCAACUUUCUGGUUCUGUACCUUCCUGCUUGGGUAAUCUAACAGCUCUAAGAACUCUGUCAUUAGGGUCCAAUUCUUUAACUUCAACAGUACCAUCUGCAGUGUGGGGACUUACAUAUGUCUUACACAUAAACUUGUCAUCCAAUUCUCUACUUGGUCCUAUCUCAGCAGAUGUUGGAAAUUUAAGAGUUGUCACAAAUAUAGAUUUGUCAAGGAACAACUUUUCAGGUACUAUACCAAGCAACAUUGGGUCGCUUGAAAACUUGGUUAAUCUCUCCUUGGCAAAUAACAAUCUCGAAGGCCCAAUUCCCAGUUCAUUUGGCAACUUAGGAAGCCUGGAGCUCUUGGAUCUAUCCAGAAACAAUCUAUCUGGAAUCAUUCCAGAUUCUUUACAAGCGCUCUUGCAUCUCAGGUAUCUGAAUUUGUCUUUCAACAAACUCCAUGGAGAAAUUCCAACAGGUGGACCUUUCAAAAACUUCUCUGUUCAGUCAUUUCUCUCAAAUGAUGGACUAUGUGGUGCAUCCCAGCUUGAUUUUCGACCAUGCAGAACCCCUGUACAAUAUUCAAGGACAGCUAGUUCAUCUAUGUUGAAAUAUAUUAUUCCAGGGAUGUUGGCAGCAAUGCUUGUAUUGACCUUCAUAUGGUUGUUCACACUACACAAAAAAGGGGAUGCAGAGGUUGCAACAGAGCAUACCUUAAUACCUGAGCUUCUUCGGAAAAAAGUUACAUACCAAGAAAUUCUAACUGCUACAAAUGGCUUCAAUGAAACCAACUUACUUGGCUCUGGGGGAUUUGGCUCAGUGUAUAAAGGAAUACUUUCAAAUGGGAUAGCGGUUGCUAUAAAGGUGUUCAAUUUACAACAUGAAGAGGCUUUCAAAAAAUUUGAUGUUGAAAGUGAACUGCUAAGCAAUGUUUGUCAUCACAAUCUUAUCAAAAUCAUCGGUAGUUGCAACCAAAGUCAUUUCAAAGCCUUGGUACUUGACUACAUGCCUAAUGGGAGCCUCGAGAGGUUGCUGUAUUCUGAAGAAUACUGUUCUUUGAAAAUCCUAGAGAGGUUGAACAUAAUGAUAGAUGUUGCAUCGGCGUUGGAAUACCUUCAUCAUGGUUAUUCAAUACCAAUUGUCCAUUGUGAUUUGAAGCCAAGCAAUAUACUACUAGACAAUGAUAUGGUUGCACAUGUUGCUGAUUUUGGCAUUGCAAAACUCUUGGGUGGAGGGGAUACUGUGACCGAAACCCUGACACUAGCUACGGUUGGGUAUAUGGCUCCAGAAUAUGGAAUAGAAGGAAUAGUUACCAGAAAAGGGGAUGUGUACAGUUUUGGUAUAGUAUUAAUGGAGACUUUCACAAAAAAGAAGCCUACAGAUGAGAUAUUUGUUGGGGAAAUGAGUUUAAAGCGAUGGGUUGCAGAUUCGUUACUUUCAGAUGCAGUACUUGAAGUUGUGGAUGGCAGUUUACUUGGGAAAGACGAAGAUCAUGAUUUUGUGAAUAAGAGGGAUUGUUUAUCUUCCAUUAUGAGGUUGGCACUAGAUUGUUCUGCAGAAUCAGUUGAAGAGAGGGUAAGUAUGCAAGAUGCAGCAGUCACACUCCAUAAAAUCAAGAACAAUUUUUUGAAGGACAUUGGAGGUGUGUGAUGUUGGUUUUUUUGGUUUUUGUUGUUGUUGAUAUGAAGGCUGUGCAAAGAUUUGCAUUAGUGUGAAGGAUUUCUAUGAAAAUGUAUUCUGUUAAAUACUUUCGAAGUACACGAAACUUUCUAUCCUAAAAGUUCCCAAGUUUGUAACACGCAUAAUUCUCUCUAUGUGAAAUAUUCUCAUAAUUUCCAGAUCAAAAUUUAUGUAAAUAGAAGAUUAGCUUGUUUAUAAAACUGGA